AGUUGUGUUGUUAUUAUUGUUGUGUUACUUGUGUGUUUUUGCGUAAAGGAAAUGUACGGUUAUAUUAUUUGUUCACAAUUUUAAUUUUCGCAAAAUAGUACAUUAUUUAUAAAUACAUUUUUAAAAUGAAAUAUUUAAACAAACUACCAUAUCAAAUAAAUGUUUGAAGAAAACUUAAAUGCUUAAAUAAAAUAUUACAGAAUAGUAGGAAAGAAAAAGUAGAAAAUAUCAACAAAUUAAUAAGUAUAUUUCCACGUUUCUUAUUAUUGCUAAAAAUAUAUUAAUAUAAAAAUACAUAAGACAAAAUUUAGAGGUCGCGUUAGAAGUGUAUGUGGUUAAGAACAACAAUUGGUGGUUUCCUCAGUCUCAGUUCGUUCUGUGCUUUGCAUCGUGGCGGCAUUACUCAGGAAGAAAGGAAUCGUAGAGAACACAUCAUGACCAUUAUAAGCUUUAUUACAUUAAAAAUCAUCUUCAGUAUUGCUAGUUGCUUUAGUUUGAAAUGCGCUAUAUUAAAGCGGAACCCUAUUAUGAGGGUCUUCCACCAUUUAAUGUAUCCGGUAGUCCUUUUAAUGUGGUGCCCAUUCACCAGUAUCCAGAGCUAAUGAAGGAUACAUGCGCGCUAAUAAAUUCUGAAUGGCCACGCAGUGAAACAGCGCGCAUGCGUUCUCUCGAAGCAUCAUGUGAUAGUUUACCGUGCAGUUUGGUUUUGACCACUGAAGGCUACACCCGAGUUAUAGCACAUUGCAAGCUUAGUCCAAUACCAUCAAAGAAGAAAGCAUGUUUUAUUGAAUCUGUGGUAGUGGACAAGAGUUGUAGGGGUCAAGGUUUUGGCAAAUUAAUUAUGAAAUUUGCCGAAGAUUAUUGUCGUGUUGUUCUAGAUUUAAAUGUUUUGUAUUUGUCAACAAUUGACCAAGAUGGUUUUUAUGAAAGAAUAGGCUAUGAAUUUUGCGAACCAAUCUCUAUGUAUGGUCCAAGGCAUUGUGAAUUGCCUAGUCUGCAAAAUGCCAAAAAGAAAUACAUGAAGAAAGUUUUAUAGGCAACAUCGGCAGUACGUUAUCACAAAUUUCAAAUUAAGCGCCACAGAAAAUAGUUCGAUGUAAUUGAUUUUCUUUCAGUACACCAAUAAAAAUAUUGUAAAAUU